AUGUCUAUGAUGCUUCGAAUUCGUUUCAGUUUGUGCAACAAAAUGCCAAAACCCGACAUUGAUCUGAAUCAGAAGUUUAAACUGGAACCAAUUCCAAAAGACGAAUAUGGUCAGUUCUAUUCUGGCGACUGCUAUGUUUGUUUGAACACCAAGUACGUUGGAGGAUGGGACAUUCAUUUCUGGCAUGGCGAAAAAGCCACAACCGACGAAAUGGGUACAGCUGCGAUAAAAGCUGUAGAGAUAGAUCAAGCAAAGGGCGAUCUUCCAACGCAGUACCGAGAGCUACAAUAUCACGAAUCACCAUUGUUUCUCUCAUAUUUCCCGGAGGGAAUCAGAUAUCUGGAAGGAGGAUAUGAAUCUGGAUAUCAUCAUGUUGAAGAUUCGUUGAAGGACUUCCAACCAAGGUUGUACCACUGCAAAGGGAAAAGAAACGUGCGAGUUGUACAGGUGGAGUGCAAAAAGGAAUCUUUAAACCUGGGAGACGUAUUCAUACUAGACCUUGGGCGGAAGAUCUAUGUAUGGAUGCCACCUGACAGCGGUCGCUUGGAAAAGAUAAAAGGCAUGGUUUGUGCGAAAAAUAUUGCUGAGGUAGAGCGACAUGGCGAAGCCGAGGUACACGUAUUGGAUGCUGAUUGGGACCAAGACGAGAGAUUUUGGUCAUAUUUUGGUGGAGUGAGGGCUGCGAAAACUAUUAAAAGUGCGACAGACGACGACUUGGACUAUUGGAAGAACGUCUCCAAGGAAGUCUCUUUGCACAGGGUAUCCGAUGAAGAUGGAGAACUGAAGAUUACCAAGGUUGGCCAAGGUGAAGUGAAGCAGACGGAGCUAGACACUAAGGAUGCGUUCAUUCUUGAUGCCGCAAACGGUGGAAUAUUCGUAUGGAUUGGGAAAGGAUGUACUACGAAUGAGCGUAACAAUGCUCUGCAGAUGGGAGAGAUGUUUCUCAAACAGAAGAACCUGCCACCGUGGACGCAAGUGACACGUGUACUUGAAGGGACUGAACCACAAUCCUUUAUGCAGUGGUUUGGUCAGUGGGAUGAGGGAAAGAAGAAAAAGACAUUCGAGCCUCAUUUAUUCCAAGUUUCGGACGAGAGCGGCAAGGUGUCUGUUGAGGAGAUCUCUAAGUUCACUCAGGAGAGCCUUGAUGGUGACGAUGUUAUGUUGAUUGACGCGCUCAAUCGAAUCUACGUCUGGGUUGGAGCUGGAGCUACCCGCAAGGAAAAGGAAGGAGCGCAUGAGACAGCUAAAAAAUAUCUCAAACAGGAUUCACUUCCACGUCACAAAAAUGCCACAAUUGAGACGAUCUUUCAGGGGAAGGAGACGCCCACUUUCAAAAAGUUCUUCCCAUGUUGGGAUGACAAGCUUUUCCAAUCGGUUGACACACGUUCCGUUAACAACAUGAGGAAGCUACUCUUCACUUAG